AAUUGCUUACAGCACAACCACCAUGUCUUCUGCGACCCUUGCAUCGUCUUCAAUGCGCUCAUUAUCGCAGGCAUCGCGGUCAGUCCUCAGGCAUCGCACCACAACACACUCAACACCGCGCCCGGCGUGGAGGCACUUCUCAGCAUCGGCGACGUGCUCGGCCAGCCUGCACCAUGGCUUGACAUUGGCAACAUAUUCUACGACUCAUCCUUCAAGACAGACACACAGCAUGGAGCGUCCAAUGCAAUACCGCUCAAUGUUCAUCCAGACCGAGACCACACCUAACGAGGACUCACUAAAGUUCAUUCCUGGUGUGCCAGUCAUGGAUGACGGCACAGCCGAGUUUCUUGACACCAAGUCCGCGCUCACGUCUCCCCUGGCCAUCCGCCUUAUGGGCAUUGAGGGUGUCAAGAGCGUCUUCUACGGCCCGGACUUUGUCACCGUAGGCAAGGACGCCGAGACCCAAUGGUCUGUCGUCAAGCCCGAGAUCUACUCCACUCUCAUGGAGUUCUUCUCCUCGGGCCAGUCGCUGUUCCGCUCCGAGGAGGACAGGGAGGCAGCGGGCCCGCAGGACACGCGCAUCCUCGACACGGACUCGGAGACGGUGGCGAUGAUCAAGGAGUUGUUGGAGACGAGGGUCCGGCCGGCGAUCAUGGAGGACGGCGGCGACAUUGAGUACCGCGGGCUCACGGACGACGGGUACGUGCGGGUGAAGCUGAAGGGCAGCUGCAGAGGAUGUGACUCGAGCACGGUGACGCUGAAGAGCGGUAUCGAGCGGAUGUUGAUGCACUACAUCCCCGAGGUGAAGGGCGUCGAGCAGGUUCUCGACCUAGAGGAGGAGAUUGCCCUCGACGAGUUCCAGAAGCUGGAACAGCGCAUCUCCCGUGAGCAUGGGGACGAUGCCAAAAAGGAGUCGCCUAUGGCACAGUACAUGUCCGUAUAGACGAUGCGGGAGACCUGUCUAGCCAUUGGAUAUACUUAUAGCAUACCUUCGAUAUAAUUGUACACUGCAUGCUCUGGAUGCGCGCGUCACGAUUCGGACAUCUAUUCUACGUUGCUUGAGCCCUCUCGAGCCUUGUCGUGAGUUCAUCGCGCUGCGUUUCCGCUCGGACGAGGCUCGGACGGUGCGAUCGGCGAUCAGGCCGGCCAUUUGAAUUUCGACUUCAUGGAUCCCAGUCGAUCAUCUGAGUAAAUUGCGGCCGUU